GCGGAUUCGAAACGUGUGUUAAGGGCUGUCUGUAUCCUGUGUAAAAAUUAAUUUUGUGGUGGACUUAUGACUAUGCCGCACAUGAGUUCGGGAGGAUCAGAGGAUUUUUAUUCUACCGAUGAGGUGAAGGUUUACAAAGAUGAAGGGAAUAAAGACGAGGAAAAGCGUUCGUCGGAAAAUUUAACCGAGGAAAAGUUGGGCCUUGUCACUGAAUCGGAAGAGGUGAGUGCACUACUCUCUUCAAACAAAUGCACAGCCUUUGAUCUUUUUUCGAGGUCACUGGGGUUUCGUAGCAUGGAUUUUAUUUUGGAAAGUUUCUAUUUUGUCAUAUUUUUAUAUAAUCUUUUAUAAAAAGGUAACAUUUCUUUAAUUUCAGGGCAAGAAUACUUCAAAUUUUGCAGGCUCAGAAAAGUCAAGUAACACAGUCUCAGAUGACG